AUGCUUGCACUGAACGGCGAGGAAACCUUGCUGAAGUCUCUGUUCCCGGACGACAUCCUGCAGAGAAGUUUUGGCAGUCAAGAUGGCAUCCCUGGCCUAAAGCAGAUGCUUCUCACUCGGUCGGUAAACGACGAGGGGGCCACCCGCAUUCAUUUGGCGGCGGAGAAAGGGCACAUCGCCAUCGUCGAAUGGAUUGCCAAGUGCCCAGGUGUAGACCUCACCUGCGAAGCACAAAGGACAUGCGUCGGUCUAGCGGCGAUGGCAGGGCAAACGGAAGUCGUCAGCCUACUCCUUCAAGCCGAUCAGAAAGAUUGCUGCGGCGUCGACCCCAAUUCGAGGGAUAAAGACGGCAUGACACCACUCAGCCUCUUCAUGGAAGCGGAUUUGGAACAUAUUGCCGAGUUCCUAAUCUACAGGGACGACAUCGAGAUCAAUGCCAAGGACAACUUUGGGGCCACCAUGGACCCCUACCCGGAGUGGUGCGUCAUGUCCAGCUCAACCCAUCCCGACAUUGUCAUGGAUAUGGUGGCGGCGAUGAUUGGCGGCCGUAGCCUCGAGGCAUACAUGGUCGAGCGAUUUGGGCAAGACAAGGGGGAUGAGGCUUUGGGGGACGGUCAGCGUGGAUUGGAGGCAUUGCUUUUCUAA